CAACGUAAAGCGCCAACAACAUGGUGGGAUUACGGUUUACAAGACAUGCCGCUUCCAUAUUUUCGUUUAGUGCUCAAAAAAGAAUUUUUGAAAAAUGCUCAUUUAACAGAUAUACGAGUGAUAGACAGAAAGGUUAACGAAUGUGAACAGCAUUUAUGUUCUCUGAAAUACUAUUUUUACAACGAGGAACACCUUCGCAAUUAUUUAUUUCGCGAAGACGUGGAUGAGAAACCUAAAGACUUCAUGACGAAGUUUUGUAGUAUAAUGCACAUUGCCAGGCGGAAUAUUGGUCAUUGUGGUUCAUGGAUUUACAAGUGUGGCAUACGGUGGCACUUUGGUAAAGGUUUGGCGUUGCGGGGUUUGGCUACUUAUAUAAAAAGUUCAGUAGAUCCUCAGGAGAUUGAGAGGUUUGGGGAGUUGUCUUCUGAGUGGUUGGAUGAAAAAUCAUCAUUUAAAGCCUUAUAUUCUUAUAAUAAGCUCCGAGUACCGUGGAUUGUGGACGCCCUAUCGUCUGAAGAGUUUGGUGAGGCGAGUUUUUAUGAAGUUAAAUACCCAUUGCGCGGGAAACGAAUUCUUGAUGUGGCAUGUGGAGGUGGUAUACUCGCAGUCCCGUUAGCCCGUCUUGGAGCAUCUGUGUCGGCGAUUGAUGCAUCUCAGGAAGUUAUUUGUUGUGCUGAAUAUGCUGCAAGAAGGUACUCCAGAAACAGUCAAGACAUAGGCUCUUUAGAAGUUGAAUACGCGACUGUUGAAGACUACGCAUCGAAAUACCCAGGAAGUUUUGAUGCUGUAGUAGCAUCAGAGGUUAUUGAACACGUCAAAGACUUGGAAGGCUUUGUAAGAUCAUGUGCUGUUCUAGCACAUCCUGGUUCACCUUUGUUCUUCACAACCCUAAACAAAACUGUUUUAAGCAGAGUUCUUGGAGUAUUUAUUGCAGAGGAAAUAUUGAAAAUUACUUCAUCUGGAGUUCAUGAUUGGUCCAAGUUUGUUACUCCUUGCACCUUACGUGCAUUGUUAGAGGAUAACAAUUGUGAAGUCCGAUUAGCACACGGAGUGAGGUACAAUCCUUUUAAGAACGAAUGGUUUUGGUCCUCAAGUUUCGCUAUUAAUUACGCUGUGAUGGCAGUAAAAUUAUAA